GAGAUCCGGGGUUUCAAUUAGGGAAAACAAAGCGGGUAAGAGAAGAGUGCGCCGCAAAAUGCAGAUCUUCGUGAAAACCCUAACCGGGAAGACAAUCACGCUCGAGGUUGAAUCGAGCGACACCAUUGACAAUGUCAAAGCUAAGAUUCAAGACAAAGAAGGUAUUCCACCGGACCAGCAGCGGUUGAUCUUCGCCGGAAAGCAGCUCGAAGAUGGACGUACUCUUGCUGAUUAUAACAUCCAGAAAGAGUCAACUUUGCAUUUGGUUUUGAGGCUUCGUGGAGGGAUUAUUGAGCCUUCUCUGAUGGCUUUGGCUAGGAAGUACAACCAGGAUAAGAUGAUUUGUCGCAAGUGCUAUGCUCGCCUGCAUCCUCGUGCUGUCAACUGCAGGAAGAAAAAAUGUGGGCACAGCAACCAGCUGAGGCCAAAGAAGAAGAUCAAGUAGGCGUGAUGUCUUUUUUAAGUUCAGAUCAAUUUUGUGCAUUGCAGUUAUAUUGCCAGUCCGUUGUUUUUACAGUUUUCAGUCCUGCUUCAACUUGAUGUCAUGGAUAGACUACCCAUUUGUCUCAAACAUCUAAUUAUUGGAUAAGAUAUCUUUGUGCAUUCAAUAUAUGCCUGUUUAGAUGAAGUUUACAAUGUUCUUCCUGAUAAGAAAGCCUGCAGCCUGCAGUUGCAUGAUUCCAUAAUCAUAAUGGUUCAUUUGAGAA